AUGACACAACAGUACAGCUUAAGAUGGAAUAAUCACCAGCCGAAUUUUAUAUCUAUGUUCACAACGCUACUGAACACAAAGACAUUAGUUGAUGUGACCCUCGCUGCAGAUGGCCAGCAACUUCAAGCUCACAAAGUGGUUUUGUCUGCAUGCAGCACUUAUUUUCAGAGUCUCUUUGUGGAUAAUCCAUCUCAGCAUCCGAUUGUAAUACUAAAAGAUGUAACAUUCUCCGACCUUCGCACUAUGGUAGACUUUAUGUAUUAUGGUGAAGUAAAUGUCACAGAAGAACAAUUACCACGGGUAUUUAAUACGGCGAAAAUGCUGAAAAUCAAAGGACUCACAGAGAUGCCAGACACAUUAACAAGACAGACGUCUGCAGAUUUUCCAACUGGUGAACUUCCAGAAACAGUCAACUCCAAUACUCCAGCCUCAUCACCCUGUAGUAGAAGAAAAAGGCGCAGAAAAAGUUCAUCAGGGUCUCCGAAUGUUGUGGUUCAUGAUGAGAACAGGAGUAACGACUAUGGUCAAAAUUUACCUGAUAAUGUGUCCAGCGAUACCAUCACAGUCAGUAAUGUUCAGCCACAGAGGCGCAUCCGAGAGUAUGAAAACUUGGACAUUAUUGAACAGGCUGAUGAUGGCAAUAAUCUCAAUAUGGAUUCAAUUGCAAUGGACAACACUGUCGGCCUUCCUCCAGGGGGGCAGUGGAGCAUGAUUGAACAUCCAUAUCCUCGAUACUCAAACGCCUGUAUCGGUGGAGGAGCACUGCAACCGGACCCAGGAAUGUAUAUCAACAAUGUAAUGAACACAUCUGACCAUGAUAUCGGUGAUUAUGGACAAAAUUUAGGUGUAACUGGCCCUUCGCCUGGUCCCAGUUGCGCAGCUGAAACCCAAUCGUCUCACGAUAUGUCAAUGCAACAUCAGCCAAAAAGACGACGCACCACUAACCCUCAAGCAGCGGAAAAUUUCCAACGUGCAUUAGAGGCGGUUCGAAUCGGUGGAAUUGGUUUUUGUAAAGCGGCGAGAUUAUUCGGCGUUAAUAACAGGACACUCUGGCUCGAAUAUAAGAAGAAAGGCUACCCGAAUAACAGGCCGAGCAUCAAGAGUAGGAUCAAGCGAGAGAAUUCAACCCCGCCACCGAUACAGACAAAAGAAGAGAUGCCGCAGCCGGACCAGCAGAUGGCGUUGAUAUGUCCCCCGCACCCCAUGCCCGUAGGCUUUAUUGACCCGCGACCUUUGGACUUCCAGGUCCAAGUGACCAAUCAAAAUUUAAAUGUAAACGUGAAUUACUUGCAAUAG